AUGGUCGUUUACUCAUUCUACAUCUUUGAUAGGCACGCGGAAUGCAUCUACAAGCGCCGCUGGCUUCCGCGCCCGACCUCAAUCGUGGGGAAGUCCCGAUCAGACACAGCCGGAGCACCGACCGGUCUCGGCCAAACCGUCCGAUCGAGCGAUGAUGAUUCAAAGCUGGUUUUUGGCACGGUAUUCUCCCUGCGCAACAUGGUGCGCAAGCUAGGAGGUGAAGAUGACAAUUUCGUGUCGUUCACUACCAGCCAGUACAAGCUUCACUACUACGAGACGCCGACGAACACCAAGUUCGUGAUGCUGACGGACCUCAAGAGUCCCAGCAUGCGCAUUGCCCUGCAGCAGAUCUACAUCAAUCUAUUUGUGGAAUAUGUUGUCAAAAACCCCCUUUCCCCGACUGAACAUACCGGCGGUGUUGGCGUGAACAACGAGCUAUUCGAAGAAUCGCUGGAGCAGUUCGUGCAGACUCAAGUUCUAUCAUGA